CAAGUGAAUCCUGAUGUCCUUCUGGGAUUAUCUGCUGUUGGAGGGUUAUUCUCAAAAUAUAUCUUGUACUUAGAUAUUAGAGGCCCUCAAGGAUUCAACAUAGAACAAGACCAGCUAUAUUUGCCAUGUCAAAUCCAACAAAGAAUGCUGAAUGCACCCUCGAAGUAGCAUUCUCCAUAUUGGGUGACAACAUUAUUUUUGCAAGUGGAAGUCCGUUCAGGGAUGUGGAUCUUGGAAAUGGUCGCAUUGGCCACUGCAACCAGGGAAACAACAUGUACCUCUUUCCAGGCAUUGGUCUUGGAACACUCUUGUCUGGUUCUAGAGUCAUCUCUGAUGGUAUGCUACAGGCUGCUGCUGAGCGCUAAAUCUUUCUACAUUUAAUAAUUUUUUUUUUUUAAGA